CUAGCGCGUCAUAAUAGGAGGAGAAAGGCAGGCGGAUCUCCUCGGAUCUGCUCCUAUUUCCAGAGCUCCGCUGCUCGUCUCCCAUCCCAGACGCGACGCCUUUUUUCUUUCCCUACUCAAGUCGUCCAGCAGCGCCAGCCGUAGAAAAUGAUGUUCCGAACUGUGCCCGUAUUUGUUCUUCUGGCCGUCGCUUGCUGUCAAGCAGAGGAGGAGGUGAAGAGCAAGUCACAGGUGUGUGCCAACGUGUUCUGCGGGGCGGGCAGAGAGUGCGCCAUGACGGAAAAGGGGGAGCCGACCUGUCUGUGCAUCGAGCAAUGCAAGCCGCACAAGCGCUCCGUGUGCGGGAGCAACGCAAAGACCUACCGCAACCACUGCGAGCUGCACCGCGACGCCUGCCUCACCGGCCUGAAGAUACAGGUGGCCCAUGAUGGACAUUGCAAAGAGAAGAAAACCGACAAGGCUGUUGCCAGUCCAAUCGCAUGUUACGCAGGCGACCGCAACGAACUGCGCAGCCGCCUCAUCGAGUGGCUGCAGAUGGAGGUGGUCCCCGAUGGAUGGUUCUCUAAGGGCUCCAACUUCUCUGACAUCUUGCUCAAGUAUUUCAAGAGUUACGAUAACGGAGACUCAAAGCUCGACUCUUCCGAGUUCCUGAAGUUCAUCCAGCACAACGAGUCCGCUGUCAACAUCACAUCCUACGCUGAUGAGGAGAGUAAUCACCUUCUCAGGAGCAUGUGCGUGGAUGCGCUCAUUGAGUUCUCCGACGAAAACGCAGACUGGAAGCUGAGCUUCGAUGAGUUCCUCAAUUGCCUGAAGCCGGGUUUCAACCCCCCGGAGAAGAAGUGCGCCCUGGAAGACGAGACAUACGAGGAUGGAGCAGAGACCCAGGUCGAGUGCAACCGCUGCGUGUGUGCUUGUGGAAAUUGGGUCUGCACCGCCAUGGCUUGUGAGGGAAAGGACAACAAGAAGGUCUUAGAUGACAUUGAAGUGACUGACCAGCAGAUGACAGAGGAGGAAUGGAGUCAGCGUGUAGCUGAACUCAACAAGCACCAGGAAACUGUUGAGAAGAUGAAGACAAGCACAAAGGACGUCUAAACAGGAUGGGCGGAAGGAACAACUGGGGCAGAAUCUUCCAGUCACUCCUGAAUGAGACUCUUAUCGGGCUGUAGCUUGAGAAUUUGUACUGUUGCAAAAAAAAACAUCAUUGUCAUUUGUUACUUUUUUUUCUUACGUGAUUAUGUAGAAUACUACGGUUCUGGAUAAAAUAUAUAUAUACUGUUAUGUUUGUGUUUGCUGUUUGUUAGAAGUUGUAGUGAUCCGUAUUGCAUUUUACCUUAAGCUCUUUACAAACCUUGGGAGAAGAGCUGAAUCAUUUUACUAUGGGAGUUUUUUUCACACUGAUAGUAGAGGUAGAAGAAUUUCUAGGGAGCCAAGAACCAGUGGUAGAGUUGAAGGACUUUCUUUAUCUGCAUAUCCUUGCUAUUUUUCCAUACACUUAUCCCAGAACAGUGUUAUUAAGAAUUUUUAGCUGAUAUUAUUUAUCUGGUUUAAAGGGUUUUUUUUUUUCUUUGCAUAAACUGAUCUCGAAGAAGCAUCGAGAAAUUAUAUUUGAUUUUGCAGCCGGCCGAGAACACGCCCUAACCCACGCUCGAAGCUGCUAGUGACAGCGAUGCUUUUUAUACAUUUCUGCUAUUUUACAGUGCUGCCAUUUCAGACACCUGGCCAAUUUACGACGUCAGGUGACGAUGCCAAAAGUCAAUGAAUGAGGUCGCUUCAACCGCUCACCUCUGAUUUCGGCAAUAAAAUUCUACACCCUGGCAAGAAUAGCUACGGCAUAUCGAUGAGGAUUGAAGUGAGCGUCCCGGAUUGGCCUGAGGCGCUGAUACUCAUCAGUAUAAAACUCUUUGACAUUUUGCUAUCUGAUAAUGCGCAGUUUGGGUUAGUGCACAAUAGGUGCACGUGCAUGGCUUUCUGAUAAGGUCCCAUGCAAAUAAAACCAAUCCUGAAAGUCAUGAUUAAAAGCUUAACCCAUAUUGCCAAGCCAGAGACAGUUUUACAGUUGCUAUAAAAAUGAAUAUAAAAAAUAUACGUGUAUAACAAUAUUAUUACACUUUUCUUAUACUGCUUUUUAUUCUUUAGUCGCACUAUGGCUUAUCUUGUAUGAGUGACACUUUUUUUUAAAAGCUGACCCAGAAAUGUUAGGGGGAGUGGAUGCGAAACCACACACACGCGUCUUUGCCUCGCCAUGGUGUAACUCACCAUAUGACUCUUCGUAAUGGUGUUUCUAUUUAAUGCUUUGGUAGCAUUACUCUCUAGUGGUGGAUUUUUACUUUUAUUUGAUAUGAACUGUAUCGCCAAUCUUAAAACACAUGCGUAGAAGUUGUCGGCUAUGCUUUAAAAACUUCAUGAGUCAUAUUCUCUUUACUAAGCCAAUAUCUAGCGUUGGAAAUUCUGCUUUUUUGAUAAAUAUGCAUACCUCCUUCACGUGUCGUGCAUAACUGCAGGUCAUAUAACUGCUUAAAACUCCUAAAUGCACUGUAGUGGAUUAAUGAUGCAUUUGUGCAAUUUGCUUCAGUAAAAAGUGUAGUUGUACUGGCCUAAUUCAUAUUAUUGCGGUUCCUGCACCAGUGGUGCUAGAUUUCUGUUAGUUUUACUAGACUUGUCUUUUUGGUGCUGGUUUUAAACAUGAUGUUUCUACUGGACAUCUUUGGCACAUAAGUUUGCAUUUUAAGUAUGAAAUCAGUGUGUCACAUUUGUACUGUUAUUUUUUAGGGAUUACAGUAAAAGGUCAAAUAGAUAUUAGCGAUAAGCACCAAAUAUAUUAGUAGUGAAUGACAAUAUUGAUACCAAAGUUGGAUGUAAGGUGAUGUUUAAUGUCUCCGGGUAAAUCAUUACUCUGGACCCAGCAACUACGUAAUACCUUAGCUUUCAAAAAUCAAUCCUAAAGAUAAGGAUAUCUAUGUAUGUUCUGUAGCUUAUAGGCAUUUUUAAAUGAUAUAACUAGUUUUUGUUUCUCCAUAAUCACACUAAUGGCUUUUGCAACAUAUGGUUAUUAGUGCCUUAAAAAUCCUAACCGUUCGAUCUACAGAAGUGAUGGUCGACUCCUCACCCAGCAGUGAAGAUUGACUACAGUUAGAAAUAGCACAAAUAUAUUUGCCAGUUUUGUGUAUUUUUUAGUUGAUUUAGUCUAUGUUCUUUUCAGGUAUGUAUGUGUGUACAUAUGUGUAUGAAUGUCUUUCAUUGUUAUGUGAAGAUUACAUUAAACCAUUUUGUAUUCUUAAAAA